UCGCUUCUUAAACACUUCUUAUUUUUGGAAGAAGAAUAAGUUAACCCUCGUUUAACCAAUCUACUCAUCCUCUAAACCCUUAAAAAAGUUCCCAAUCCAUACCACUGUCACACACACACACACAUAAACACCUUCCUCUCACCGGAAACCACCAUGCACCUCCGUACCACGGCGGCGCUUACGGCAGCCUUCAUCUCCACAACACUCUUCCUCCUCCUCCUCCCUAUACCAACUGUUAAUGCGCACAACAUCACCCGCAUUCUCGCCAACUUCCCUGAGUUCUCAACUUUCAACCACUACCUCACCAUCACACACCUCGCCGACGAAAUCAACAACCGCCAAACCAUCACCGUGUGCGCCGUAAACAACGCCGGAAUGUCAGAUCUAUUACACAAACACCUCUCUCUAUCCACAAUAAAAAACGUUCUAUCACUUCACGUUCUGCUAGACUACUUUGGCGCCAAAAAACUCCACCAGAUCACCAACCGAACUACAUUAACCGCCACCAUGUUCCAAGCCACUGGCACCGCCACCGGCAGUUCAGGACUCGUCAACAUUACCGAUCUAAAAGGCGGUAAAGUCGGUUUAAGCACCGAUGAUUCCGUCGUAACAGAAUCUUCGGUUUUCGUUAAAUCGGUACGUGAAAUACCGUACAGCAUUUCUGUUAUACAGAUAAGUAGAAUGUUACCAUCAGCUGAAGCUGAAGCUCCUACUCCAGAACCUGCUGACGUAAAUAUUACGUCGCUGAUGUCAGCGCAUGGAUGUAAGGAUUUUGCUGAAGCAUUGCUUGCUUCUAAAGCAAUGAGUAGUUUUGCGGAUAAUAUUAAUGGUGGUUUGAGUGUUUUCUGCGUUAUAGAUAAUGCAUUCAGACAGUUUUUACUUUCACCGAGGUAUAAAAAUUUAACCGUCGGUGAAAAGCAAUCACUGCUUGAGUACCAUGGAGUGCCGGUUUAUCAAUCGAAGGCGAUGCUGAGGUCGAACAAUGGCGCGACGAACACGCUAGCAACAGAUGGUGCUAGUAAGUAUGAUUUUAUUGUGCAGAAUGACGGACAAGAUGUAACGGUUAAGACGGGUGUUGUCACUGCGAAGAUCGUGGGAACGUUGAUUGAUCAACAGCCGUUGGUUAUUUUUACUAUUGAUAAGGUAUUGUUGCCCAAGGAGCUUUUUAAAGGAGCUGGUUCUCCGGCGCCUGCACCGGCGCCGGAGGCUCAUGCUCCUAAGGCGGAUUCGCCCAAGGCUUCGAAGAAUAAGAGUAAGAAUAAGGAGAAGCAUGUGGAUACGCCGGCGCCGGCUUCUUCUGAGGCGCCGGCUGAUUCUCCGGAUGAUUAUUCGGAGGAUCUGGAAGCGGAUAGUGAUGGUGCUGUGGAGAUUAAGGGGUUUAGAUUUGCUGCUUUGGUUUGCAUGUUUAAUUAUUUAGUAGUGUAAGAUGGUUGUUUGUGUGCGUGUGUUUAUCCCAGUGACGGAACCAGAACGAUUUAGUUAGGGGGUCAUCAUAAGCUUAUAUUUUAUACCGGUGCAAAUUAGGGGGUCCAUCUCUAAGUUUGUUCUUCAAAAACUCAAAAUUUAUAAAUAAAAAUUCAAAAAGUUGCGGUGACCGGAGGGUCAACGGACCCUCUUGACCCUCCUCUGGUCCCGCCCCUGGUUUAUCCUA